GUCAUCAGAAAGCGAUGAACCCGUUUUUGUAUGUUUUGAAGCAGUUUCAGGGGCUCCACUAGCAAACAGAGAAGUGGUGGGUCUGUUUCAGAAAUGAGGUUUGAGCUCCGCAUCUUUAAGCUAGAUAACUCGAUAGCUGCCUUGAUUUAUUUUUUGCCAUCAAGUUGGCUACUUGCCGAUAUCGAACGAAAUCUGUGAUUCAACACGCUUUAUUGGGGAACCCCUGCAUAAAAACCUGUCAGUAUUGAUCGAGAGCCUGAGGAGAUGGCUGCCCUCCCUCUGUCUCGCUCUCAAGUUUUUGGGGAGCUGAGGAAGGAGCUGCACGAGGAUCAGGAGUUCCAUCAUUCAGACACGCACAUUUUCAUUGUCAUGGGAGCUUCGGGGGAUCUAGCCAGAAAGAAGAUUUACCCAACACUUUGGUGGCUGUUCAGAGACGGACUCCUUCCUGAGGAAACGUAUUUUGUGGGCUUCGCGCGUUCCAGCCUGACAGUCGAGGCUAUCAGGGACGCCUGUCUGCCUUACAUGAAGGUGGCGGAGGUGGAGGCCGACCGUCUCUCGGCCUUCUUCGGCAGGAACUCGUACGUGAGCGGGCGCUACGGCGACGAGGGCUCCUUCUCGCGGCUGCAGGCGCACCUGGGCUCCCUGCGCGGCGGCGCGGGGGCCAACCGGCUCUUCUACCUGGCCCUCCCGCCCAGCGUCUACCACGACGUCACCAGGAACAUCCGGCACCACUGCAUGAGCACCAGGGGCUGGAACAGGGUGAUCGUGGAGAAGCCGUUUGGGCGGGACCUGCAGAGCUCGGAGGAGCUGUCCGCCCACCUGUCCUCUCUCUUCAGCGAGGACCAAAUCUACCGGAUCGACCACUACCUGGGCAAGGAGAUGGUGCAGAACCUCAUGGUGCUCAGGUUUGGGAACAGGAUUUUUGGGCCCAUCUGGAACAGGGACAGUGUGGCGUGUGUGGUCCUGUCCUUCAAGGAGCCCUUCGGCACCCAGGGCAGGGGUGGUUACUUUGAUAACUUCGGCAUAAUCCGUGAUGUCAUGCAGAACCAUUUGCUCCAGAUGCUCAGCCUGGUUGCCAUGGAGAAGCCAGCCUCCACCAGCUCGGACGACGUGAGGGAUGAGAAGGUGAAGGUGUUGAAGUGCAUUACUCCCGUGUCUCUUUCGAAUGUGGUGCUGGGGCAGUACGUGGGCGACCCCAAGGGGCAGGGGGACGCUAAGCUGGGUUACCUUGACGACCCCACCGUUCCCAAAGACUCCAGCACCCCCACCUUCGCCACCGCUGUGCUGUAUGUCCACAACGAGCGCUGGGACGGCGUUCCCUUCAUCCUGCGGUGCGGUAAGGCGCUAAACGAGCGGAAGGCCGAGGUGCGGCUGCAGUUCACCGACGUGCCGGGCGACAUCUUCGGCGCCCAGUGCCGGCGGAACGAGCUGGUGGUGCGGGUGCAGCCCAACGAGGCCGUCUACGCCAAGAUGAUGAGCAAGAAGCCCGGCGUCUUCUUCAGCCCCGAGGAGACCGAGCUGGACCUCACCUACCACAGCCGCUACCGGGACGUGAAGCUCCCGGACGCCUACGAGCGCCUCAUCCUGGACGUGUUCUGCGGGAGCCAGAUGCACUUCGUACGCAGUGAUGAACUGAGGGAAGCCUGGAGGAUCUUUACGCCCCUGCUUCACCAGAUAGAGCGGGAGAAGACUCCCCCCAUCCCGUAUACUUAUGGAAGUCGUGGUCCUCCUGAAGCAGACGAGCUGGUGAAGAGAGUGGGGUUCCGCUAUGAGGGAACCUACAAGUGGGUCAACCCCCACAGACUGUGA